UGGAAAUAUGACCAGAGAAGACAGCCGACUUGAAAGCCCAAAUGAAGCGGCACUGUUAGCUCUGCUGGAGAAGACCGGCUACAGUAUGGUCCAAGAGAAUGGCCAAAGGAAGUUCGGUGGUCCACCUCCAGGUUGGGAAGGCCCUCCUCCUCCUCGGGGCUGCGAAGUUUUUGUGGGCAAGAUCCCACGGGACAUGUACGAGGACGAGCUGGUGCCCGUGUUCGAGCGUGCUGGCCGCAUCUAUGAGUUCCGCCUGAUGAUGGAGUUCAGCGGCGAGAACCGCGGCUACGCCUUCGUCAUGUACACGACCCGCGAGGCAGCCCAGCGUGCCAUCCAGAUGCUGGACAACCACGAGAUACGGCCUGGCAAGUUCAUCGGCGUGUGCGUGAGCCUGGACAACUGCCGCCUGUUCAUCGGCUCUAUCCCCAAGGACAAGCGCAAGGAGGAGAUCCAGGAGGAGAUGAUGAAGGUGACCGAGGGAGUUGUGGACGUGAUCGUUUACCCCAGCGCCACUGAUAAGACGAAGAACCGCGGCUUCGCCUUUGUGGAGUACGAGUCUCACAAGGCUGCGGCCAUGGCUCGCAGGAAACUCAUUCCAGGCACGUUCCAGCUGUGGGGCCACACCAUCCAGGUGGACUGGGCGGAGCCGGAGCGUGACGUGGACGAGGAGACGAUGCAGCGCGUGCGGGUGCUCUACGUGCGCAACCUGAUGCUGCACACCACCGAGGAGACGCUGCGCGCCGAGUUCUCGCGCCUCAAGCCCGGCUCGGUGGAGCGCGUCAAGAAGCUCACCGACUACGCCUUCGUGCACUUCCACUCGCGCGAGGACGCCGUCGCCGCCAUGCACGCCUCCAACAGCGCCCUGGUCGACGGCUCGCCCAUCGAGGUCACCCUCGCCAAGCCCGUCAGCAAGGACGGCAGUCGACGCUUCAACGGCCGCGGGGGUAUGCUCGCCGGCAUGCCCAUGGGCGGCCCUUACGGCGACGCCGGUGGCUUCGUCUUCCAGGGCAAGCCGGAUGACCUCACUGGCAUGGCGGCGGUAACCACGAGCAUGGGAGGGCUCAAGCUGUUCACCAACGGUGGUGGCAUCGGCAGUGGGGGCAACUCGGGGCGUCCUCUCAGCCUGCCGCCGCGGCUGGGCAGCCCGUGCGGGCUGGACGUGGAGCGCUGCGUGUUCCCCUUCCACCCCGGCUCCAGCCUGGUGCCCGUGGGGCUUCAGGCGCUCAAGCCUGGCCAGCUCAGCUCGGCCGUCAGCCUGCUGGAGUACCACUGCCUGAAGAACGGCUGGGCGCCGCCCGAGUACUACCUCUACUCUACGGUGGCCCAGGAGGGCAAGAUGCUGCUGAUCUACAAGGUGGUGCUCAGCAGCACGCGCAGCAGCUUCAUGCCCGACAAAGUGUGCACCGUGCUGGAGGAUGCCAAGGAGCUGGCUGCGCAGCACGCGCUCUGGAGCCUGGAUUGCUCCUUCCUGGGCCAGGGCUCUCCUGGCAGCCUGUCUCCCCCGGCCCCUUCCUCCUCCCCCGGGCUGCUCACCUUCGGCUGCCGCCCCGUCCCCUACCCCAGCUACCCCCUGGCACCCCUGUCCCCGCCCCUGUCCCUCAGCAGCGCUCCAGGCCAGAGGAUCUACCUGCCCAGCCAGACACCCUACUACUGAGACCCGGCCGGCAAGCAGCCGCCUGUCUGACUUGUUUUCUGACUUGUUUGUCACGCAUCACUGGCAGGACGUCAGAUUUGUAAGGAAUGUGAUGGUGUUGUAUAUACGGCAUUUUAUCGGGGGGUUCUGAAUUUUGUUGUGUUUGUGUUCUUAUCUUUGCUUAUCUUGUGUUGUUUUUCGACUUUCAUUGUGAAAGCCAGUGAAAAGUAUUAAUAACAUCCUAUUAUAUAUGCAUUUAGUCGUGUAGUUUUUCAUUGUGUAAAUACAAGUUCCCAGUAACAUUGCAGGUUUAAAAAAUACAUUUCUUUCUUUUUAUCGAAUUAACUAUUGCUUUUCAUCCCAAGGGCCUCUGUAACACAGUACCGCUGUGAAUCUUGGACCUCGGUAUGCCUGUCACCCUUGGCAAUAAUGAAAAUAGAAAAUAGUGUUUUGACUCAUUUUGUAAAUUUAUUUUAAACAUAUAGUAUUGUAUUAUUUUCAUUAUUUGUUGUCACUGAUUUUGUAGCAAUUUUUUUCAACAUAAUAUGGUUUAAUUUAGAAAAUGUGGCAAUCUAAAUUUGAUAGAAUCUGUGUUGCUUUAUUUAACAGAAAUAUGUAUUAAUGUCUACCCAUUGUGGAGUCCUGAAAAUAUCAGUUUUUAAAGUGAUUAAAAAUAUUUAUUUAUUGAAGUGUUGCAAAUGCACAAUUUGUGCACAUCAGUGAGACUUAACUAAAUAUCAAAAUUAUAAAAUCACGUCAAUGAUCCGAAAUUAGCAAUGUGAUAAUAGAAAAAAAUAUUUGUAAACACUUAUAUAUAUUUACCUAUACUAAUAUGCCUUUAUCACUGCAAUUCACAUUCCAAAAUUGAUGCCAUAAUUAGAUGCCGUCCAAAUGUCCUCUUUUUAAAAUCA